UUCCGUUGCAGAUAACACGCAUCACUAGUCCAAGGCCAAUGCCGUCAACAACUUCAAGGUCAAGAUCAAGAUCACCUUUGGGACACAGGGAUUAUGACGAAAUUUCAAUCGAGGCAGAUGAUCAAUUUGAGAGAGAAGAGGAGGACAUUAAGAUCUUAGACGGAUUAGAAAGAAUGCAGAACGACAUUAUUCAACUGAAUAUAGGGGGUUAUAAGUUCAAAACAACUAGAGGGACUGUAAAUCAAAUACCAUCAAAGCUUUCCAAACUAAUCAGCUUGAAGUCAUCGGGAAAUGUGCCGUCAUACUUUGUUGACAGAGAUCCGAAGCAUUUUGGAAUAAUUUUAAAUUAUCUUAGAAACAAUGGACAAAUAGAUGUCAGAGUUCUACCCGAUGAGAGAAGUGCCCUAGCAGCUAUCAUGGUGGAGUGUAAAUUUUAUGGACUUGUGGAAUUAGAAAGCGUGGUGAAAAAGAGACUUGAAAUGUGCAGAUGCCAGCACAUUAUGGAGUAA